ACAAAAAAAAACGUAUGAUGGCACUUCUCUUUUGGCCGGUUUUCGAAGUGUCUCUUAAGACACUCUUUUUUUUUUAAUUUUUAUUUGACUUUAACAGAAACAUUUCUGAUCUAUAAACUUCAUUACCCAUUUUUUGUAGUGUAUCGCUUCUGUAAACAAUGUAUGAUCCUAACCCCUAAAAACAACAUACAAAAAAAUUGAAGAAAAACUAAAACCUAGUACUCAGAGACAUCUGCCAUAGAGUUUUUGGGAUUAUAGUCUUCGAUAAAUGGAUUUAGAACCUGAAAAAGAACAGACUUCUGAGACAUCUUCAUCUAUUGAAAAAUCAGCAAAAAAUAGUCACUGUUUAUAUGUGAAUUCUAAACAACGCGGAAAUCCAUUACUUAAAUUUAUUAGCAAUAUACCAUGGGAAUACAGUGAUAUUGUUCCUGACUAUGAAAUGGGAAAAUCAACUUGUGCUUUAUUUCUAUCUCUGAGAUAUCACAAUUUAAAUCCUGACUAUAUCCAUCAAAGAUUGAAGCAAUUAGGACAUGCAUAUAUGUUGAGAGUUUUGUUAGUUCAGGUGGAUAUUAAGGAUCCCCACUAUAUUCUAAAAAAAUUGACUAGAAUAUGUAUAUUAGCAGAUUUAACCUUAAUACUGGCUUGGAGCGCAGAGGAAGCAGGCAAAAUUAUAGAAACAUACAAGAUCUAUGAAAAUAAACCCCCAGAUAAUAUAAUGGGAAAGAGUGAAUCUACUCCAUAUUUAAAGCUUUUAAAUGCAUUAACUUCAAUUAAGCCUAUCAACAAAACAGAUGCCAGGAAUCUAAUAAGUAGAUUUAAGACCUUGGAAGGAAUUAUUAAAGCAACUGAGCAACAGUUGUCCGAAUGCCCUGGACUGGGGACGCGGAAGGCAAAAAAGCUUUAUAGUGUUUUUAGAGAAAAUUUUUUAAAGUAG